AGCUGGCCCCCACUUCCCCUUCCUGCACAGUGCGGGCCUGGGUGCCACCAAGCAGUCCUCGCUGAGGAGCCCGAAGCCACCAACAUGGACCAAGAGACCCUGGGCAAUAUCGUCCUGUUGGUCAUCGUCACCCUCAUCAGCGUGGUCCAGAACGGGUUCUUCGCCCACAAGGUGGAGCACGAAAGCAGGACGCAGUCUGGGCGCAGCUUCCAGAGGACAGGAACGCUGGCCUUCGAGCGGGUCUACACUGCCAACCAGAACUGCGUGGACGCGUACCCCACGUUCCUCGUUGUCCUCUGGGGCGCGGGGCUCCUGUGCAGCCAAGUCCCCGCCGCCUUCGCGGGCCUCAUGUACCUGUUCGUGAGGCAGAAGUACUUCGUGGGCUACCUCGGAGAGCGGACGCAGAGCACACCUGGCUACAUAUUCGGCAAGCGGAUCAUACUGUUCCUGUUCCUCAUGUCCCUCGCCGGCGUCGCCAACUAUUACCUCAUCUUCUUCUUCGGAAGCGACUUCGAAAACUACAUAAAGACGGUCACCACCACCAUCUCCCCUCUGCUCCUCAUUCCCUAGCUCUCUGCUGAACGCGGGGCGGGCGCUGGCUCGCGGCCGAGCAAUACCUGGAAGUCAUCGCAUCUCAGCCCCUGAGCAGAACGAGGUCCCUCGCUCGCUCGCUCGCUUGCUCGGCAGGAGAAAGAUCUGACGGGCUUCGCGGCUUGAGUGAACCCCGCUUUUCCUGGAAAAAAUAGCUCUGUGUCCGCGGUGCCCCUCGAAAAAUGGCCGUGGCCUCAGACUUGUUGUUCAGAGCCGCUCUGCGUGUCCCUUGACUUGGCCUGCUUUCUGAAGAUGUUUCGAGACCCGAUUUAUGUUUUCCUAAAAUAAAAUGCA